AUGAGUGGCGGCACUCAAUGGGAACGUGAGGGUACCGGGAGUACCAAUGGCGAUGGAGGUGGUUCGCCGAUGGCAGUCGAAAGACAGACGCUGCCAUCUAUAUCAAACCUGACCAGCUCGGUGCCCCCAGUUCCAUCACCGGCUUCUUCAGGCCACUCACCGUCUCAGUCUUCAGUCAAGACUGACACCCGAGACUCGGGAAAUUGGUCCAUGACAACAGCUAGCAAUCACUCUUCACUCUCUUCUCCAAUGAACAUUACAGCUAUGACACAGGACCAGAACCAGAAUCAAAACCAUGCUGCUGGCCGGGGCUCAAUCCUCAACCCUGAUUCGCAGCGAGAUUCCCUUAACCCACCUCUCCACUCGUCCACCCGGCCUGCUCCAAACGUUCUCACCAGUCCCUAUGGAAUUGAUAACUCGCCCACUAAUUCUCGACGAUCAAGUUUUGAUACGCGACUAGGCUCUCUAGCUCUGAAUAGUAAUCAUGGGACUCCAGCAGCCAGUCAAGUGUCUCUUGUUAGUCAACUUCAAAGGGAAAGAAGUGGUGGUUUUAAUCAAGGCUCUCCAGCUCCUUCCAUAUUAGAGAGUGGAACUCAUUCCUAUACACCAAUCAGCCCGAAUGGACAUUAUCCGACGCCUAGUGUUAGUAGUGCAGGCAGUGGUCCUCGUAGCAGCUUUGGUUCUUGGAAUAACGGACUGGCACCGACGUCUCACGCUCAGAAUCCUGAACGACCUGGUGCCCGGGUAGCACCACCAAUUAUUGGAUCUUCUAGAUACCCAUACCCACAUCCAAACGCUCCUUCUCCGACUAAGGGUUUCCCGUACGCUUUCCCAGAUCCCGACGCUGCCGGGCCUACCGCGCCUAACAGCCGCGAAGGUCUUAAUGGACAGGCUACGAGUAGUCAAGUUGGUGGUCCGGGACAAGCUGGUAGGCCUUACGCGUAUCAUCAAGAUCAUACGUCUGCGCCACAACACUCACAGACUUCUCUUUACUCUCAAGCAUCUACUUCUACCACAGCUAGUUCGCACCACGGCCACCCUAGUUAUGGCCAGCCUUCAUACCAAGAAAUUCACCAUCACUCUUUGCAGCGUGGUCCAUCGAGCAUUGGCGCUCCAUCUCCCGCCACCCCAUACUCUCGCACGCCAGAAUUGCGUAUAAGCCACAAACUUGCCGAGCGAAAGAGAAGGAAGGAAAUGAAGGAGUUGUUUGAUGAACUUAGGGAUGCACUACCCCAAGAGCGUGGAGGAAAGAGCAGCAAAUGGGAGGUUCUGACUAAAUCAAUUGAAUACUUGGGUCACAUGCGCCAGAGCCAGUCAAGUCUGUCUCAGACUAAUCAUGAACUUGCAAGUGAAAAUCAGAACCUUGCGAGCCAAAACGAGAACCUCAAUCGAGAACUGGAGAGAUUGAGGGGCGAACUUGGGCGAAGAUCGUCCCCAAAUGAUACCCACUACUCCUCGCAUCCCCAUCCAUCACAGGCUCCGCCUAGUAAUGGCAAUGGUGAUGCCUACCCCGCCCAGAACAGCCACCAAAAUGGCCAUACGAACGGCCUCUAUAAUGGAAAUAGCCACCAACAGCAUCAAACUUACCAACACCAGCCCCGUCAAAAUACCGUGGACGGGAACCAGAUGCAAGGUAUCGAAAGAUCAAACUACUAG